AGGGGCCUCGGCUCCGCAACUGCCACUCCUCCUCGGGGUGUUGCACAAGUUUCGAGGUCACCGGCGACCCCCCCUAGCAGCGCGCCUGGCUCUGGCCCCCGCGAAGGAGGACCGGGCUUGUGUGUUGCAUACUUUCUGAGGCGGCGGGGCUGCGGCUCCAUCCAGCCCAUCGGCUCCUCCUUCUCGGCAUGGCUGGCUACUUGAGCGAAACGGACUUUGUGAUGGUGGAGGAGGGCUUCAGCACCCGAGACCUGUUGGAGGAGCUCACUCUGGGGGCCUCACAGGCCACCACGGGUGAUGUUGCUGCCUUCUUCGUGGCCGACCUGGGUGCCGUCGUGAGGAAGCACUUCUGCUUUCUGAAGUGCCUGCCACGGGUCCGGCCCUUUUACACUGUCAAGUGCAACAGCAGCCCAGGUGUGCUGAAGGUCCUCGCCGAGCUGGGGCUGGGCUUCAGCUGUGCCAACAAGUCUCUAUCAGCAUCCUCCCAUCUUAAAAAGCCUUCCCGGGACUCCAUACCACCCCCCUGCCCGGUCCCAUGCUCCCACUUGACGGCCAAAAGAGUUGUCUACACUCGCCUGUCUGCGUGCACCUGGCUCUUUGCUUCAGCACCUGCAUCUGAGCCACUGCUUCCCCACUGCCACUGUCACUACUCUGAGGAAUCUCCUCUUACCAACAUCCCCAGAGAUCUCCAGGAUCCAGCAGAGAUGGAAUUGGUCCAGCGUAUUGGCAUCCCCGCCGGUAAGAUCAUCUACGCCAACCCCUGUAAGCAAAUUGCACAGAUCAAGUAUGCUGCCAAGCGUGGGGUCCGGCUGCUGAGCUUUGACAACGAGCUGGAGCUGGCAAAGGUGGUAAAGAGCCACCCCAGUGCCAAGAUGGUUCUACACAUCGCUGCUGAGGACUCCCCGAGCCGCCUGAGCUUCAAGUUUGGGGCGUUGCUGAAAUCCUGCAGACACCUGCUUGAAAAUGCCAAGAGGAGCCACAUGGAGGUGGUGGGUGUGAGUUUUCACGUUGGCACUGGCUGUCCUGACCUUCAGGCCUACACUCAGUCCAUCGCAGACGCCCGGCUUGUGUUUGAAAUGGGCAGUGAGCUGGGCCACAGGAUGCACAUCCUGGACCUUGGUGGUGGCUUCCCUGGAUUGGAGGGGGCCAAAGUGAGAUUCGAAGAGAUUUGUUCUGUGAUCAACUCAGCCUUGGACCUGUACUUCCCAGAGGGAUGUGGUGUGGACAUCCUUGCGGAGCUGGGGCGCUACUACGUGACUUCGGCCUUCACCUUGGCAGUCAGCAUCAUCGCCAAGAAGGAGGUUCUUUUGGACCAGCCUGGCAGGGAGGAGGAAAGCGGUUCCACCCCCAAGACCAUCGUGUACCACCUCGGUGAGGGCGUGUAUGGAAUUUUCAACUCAGUCUUGUUUGACAACACCUGCCCUACCCCCAUCCUACAGAAGAAAUCAUCCAUGGAGCAGCCCCUGUACAGCAGCAGCCUGUGGGGCCCCGUGGUCGAUGGCUGUGACUGCAUAGCUGAGGGCCUGUGGCUGCCGCAACUACACGUAGGGGACUGGCUGGUCUUUGAGAACAUGGGCGCCUACACUGUGGGCAUGGGUUCCCUCCUUGAGGGGGCCCAGACAUGCCGAGUCACGUAUGCCAUGUCCCGGGUGGCCUGGGAAGCCCUUCGAGGGCAGCUGCUGCCUGCAGAACAGGACGAGGACACCGAGGGCAUGUGCAAGCCUCUGUCCUGUGGCUGGGAGAUCACAGACACCUUGUGCGUGGGCCCUGUCUUCACGCCGGCGAGCAUCAUGUGAGCGGACCCCGUUCCCCCCCACCCCUGGAGAACUCUAGCGGGGCCGCAGAGAUGCCUCUGGGAGACUUGGGGAAGGCAGCAAGCAGGGGCACCCUCUGGCCAGGACUCUGGUGCUCACUCUGCUGCCCCCCAUGCCCCACCUGUAGUGUUUCUGCCCUGUAAAUAGGACCAGUCUUACACUCACUGUAGUUCAAGUAUGCAACAUAAAUCCUGUCCCUUCCA